CUUGUUUCUUGGCGUUAAAGAAAAAUCAGCAGCAUCUCUAUCACCGACAGACCUCAGCGAUAAGGGAGUUUUACAAGAUAUGGUCCAGUGCUGAUGGCUCAGUCUGAGCUGUUCGUGACGAGAGCUUCCCCUGUGGAGGCGAGGCCCGUGGAGCUGGAUGUUCUGGGGUUCCUUCAACGUUUUGGGGAUGAAAACAGCACAGCUGAGAGAUGCUACCGCUCGCACUCCCACAGCAGCGUCCUCCAGGGUCUGCCAUUUGGUGGGGUUCCCACGGUCCUCGCCAUCAAUGUCGUAAUCUGGAUGUUUUUACUGCUCAUCUUCUCAUGUCUGAGGAAAGCUGCUUGGGACUACGGCCGCCUGGCUCUGCUGAUGGAGAAUGACAGUCUCACAUCCCUGUUUUAUGGAGAACCAAGUGAGAAAGAGAAGUCGCCUUCAGAAUCCAGUCCCUCUGACUCUGAGACCAAGGACAUGGGCUUCUGCUCAUGGCUGUCAUCUCUUUACCGUAUGAAGGAUGAGGAGAUCCGAAGUAAAUGUGGCACUGAUGCCGUGACUUAUUUGUCCUUCCAGCGCCACAUCAUCCUGCUCAUGACAGUGGUUACCCUGCUGUCCUUGGCUGUAAUCCUGCCGGUCAACAUUUCCGGGAACCUCCUGGGAGACAGUCCUGAAAACUUUGGAAGAACAACCCUGGCGAAUGUUAGUGCAGUGGACAGCUUUCUGUGGCUGCACAGCGUCUUGGCUCUGGUUUACUUCAUUAUCACGUUGCUGUGUAUGGCUCACCAUUCGCUACAGCUGGAAUACAGAGAAGAUGAGAAGGUGGCUCGGACACUGAUGAUUACCUCCAUACCCAAGGAGAUCUCUGACCCAGGACUCAUCACCAAACAUUUCCAUGAGGCCUACCCAAGCUGCACUGUCACCGACAUCCGGUUCUGCUUUGACGUCCACAAGCUAAUGAGGCUGGACUUGGAGAGGCGCAAGGCAAUGAAAGGCAGGCUGUAUUUUGCCACCAAGGCCCAGAAGGAGGGAAAAAUCAUGAUCAAGACUCAUCCGUGUGCUCAGAUCUUCUGCUGUGACAUAUGCGGCUUUGAAAAGGUGGAUGCAGAGCAAUACUACAGUGAAUUAGAAGAGAAGCGGACAGAUGAAUUUAAUGCUGAGAAGAACCGCAUCUCCAUGAAGAGGUUGGGCAUCGCCUUUGUGACCUUUCGUGAUGAGCGGAUGACUGCUGUCAUUGUGAAGGACUACGGUCGCGUGAACUGUCGUCGCAGGCCCCAGCAGUCCAGCAUCAGCACCGUGGUGCAGUCGCACAAAUGGGACGUCAGCUACGCACCUGCUCCGAGUGAUAUUAUAUGGGAAAACCUGUCAGUGUGUGGAUCUCGGUGGUGGCUCCGCUGCGUCCUCCUCAACAUCCUCCUCUUCCUGCUGCUCUUCUUCUUCACCACUCCUGCCAUCAUCGUCAACACCAUGGACAAGUUCAACGUCACAAGCCCCAUGGAGAGUCUGAGGAGCCCAGUCGUUACCGAGUUCUUCCCGACCCUUCUGCUGUGGGCGUUUUCAGUGCUCCUGCCCUUUAUCGUCUACUACUCCGCCUUCUUUGAGUCUCACUGGACCAGAUCUGGUGAGAAUCAAGUGACGAUGCACAAGUGUUUUUUCUUGCUGGUCUUCAUGGUCAUCAUCCUGCCUUCACUUGGUCUGUCCAGCCUUGACCUCUUGUUCACCUGGCUCUUUGAUGUCAACUUCCUGGAAGAGAAGGAUUUAAAAUUUCAGUGUGUGUUUCUUCCCGACAACGGCGCAUUUUUUGUAAACUACGUAAUUACAUCCAGUUUGAUUGGCACGGCUAUGGAACUGCUACGUAUCCCUGCACUGACGGUGUACACACUGCGCCUCUGCUUUGCAAAAUCCCAAGCUGAGCGGAUUCAUGUCAAACGGAGUCAAGCUUAUGAGUUCCAGUUUGGCCUUGAGUACGCCUGGACCAUGUGUAUCUUUGCUGUCAGUAUGACCUACAGCAUCACGUGUCCCAUCAUUACACCCUUUGGUCUGCUCUAUGCGAUCCUGAAGCACAUGGUCGAUCGCUACAACAUCUACUAUGCUUAUGUUCCCACCAAACUCAACCAGCGAAUCCACAGAGCAGCCAUUAGCCAGGUCAUCGUAGCUCCCAUUCUCUGCAUGUUCUGGUUGCUCUUCUUCUCCGUGCUCCGAUUAGGUCCAAUGCAUCCGAUCACCCUCUUCACUUUAGUGUCCCACAUCUUCUGCAUUGUCUGUUACCUCUUCCGCUUGUGCCUUAGGAAGCAACCAGACAAGUCAACAAGCUACCAGAUGUCUGAUCAGCCAGACGGGACGCUCACUGAUGCAGACAGGAGUACCGUAACAUCCACCACCGCCUCCAGUCUUUUUGUGGCAUCUGUGUUGCUGGAGCCAGAGCUGGCUUUGACUCCGAUGCCCUCCCCAGCCCACCACAGCUAUGGCGCCCUGGCCAGUUCUCAGAGUUCAAACCGUGGGCCAGCGGAGGAAGAAGAAGGAGAGGGGGAACACACCCAGACCCGUGAGACUGAGCUCCAAGACCCACCAGACCUCUAUUGCUCCACCACGCUCAUGGACAGCUCCAUGGGCUACCAGUAACACCAAAUCUCCGCCCAAAACUGACUUCUACGUGUCCUUCAGCUGAAGAACACAGAUUACUAAAUGCCGCAAUGCUGCGUUUUCACCACUGACCUCAGACUCCAACUACGCUGCUGCCUCGGACUCUGAGACUAGACUGUGCUUGCUAGAAAGGCUGAAGAGCCUGAAGAGUAACGGAGCCUGAGAAUACAGGAGCUAAAUGCUCAUAAACAUCACCGUUGCAGAAGAAAGCCAUUUGCCUAAACAAUCUGCCAAACCCAUCAGACACAGCUCAACAGAACAUAACAUCAAGCUAAAUGUACAGAUUCUUUUAGCUAAAUGAUCAGAUGCUGAUACGGACUCUGUCUUCUUCUAUGGCUUAUUUGCAAAUUAAAAAGGUUACAAGUAAUGCAGACUGGAAUAGAAAUGCAUUAGGGUUUCAGUCAGUGACACUCUAUUCAUGCUGUGCCGCUUGGAAAUGAGUGGAGGCGAAAGCUCCCAUCAGAGUGGGUGGUGUGAGCAGGCUUGCCCCGACAGACUGACAGAGGGGUUUGGGCAUAGGUGAUAUCUGGUUCCUCUGUAGCGGAGCUCGGCAAGGCUGAGGGUGAGGGCAGCUAGUUGUGAAGCCAUCUGCAGUGAGAGAGCAGACAGACGGACGGAGGGCCAAAUGUAACUCAGAGAUGUACUGUAAUAUAUGUACGCUCUAAACGGAGGCGCAAGCAGCUUGACUCAACCUGAAGCUUGUUGUAACUAUUAUCAAUAUAAGGUUGAUAUUUUUGCUACAGUAUUUUUGGUGUCAUUGAUAUUGUGCUUUGGGUUGGGGGCGGGAGGAUGUACAAUGAUUUGCAGAGAUGUCUCAUCUUAAUCAAAACCUUACCUAAUUAUGUUUCGACUGUACAUAUGGUCAAAGUGGAAUAGCUUGAGCUUUUUGGAAAUCUGCUUAUCUCUUUUCUUGCCCACGGCUUGGUAAGAAAAUAAAGCAUGUAGCCUGUUAGCUUAGCUUAGCACAGGUUGGAGCUAAUGACCACUGAUUGUGCACUAAUUUUCUGUUAGGCAUAUCGAGAUACUCUGAGGGCAUUAUAUAGGGUAUAGACUGGAAAGUACUUUUAAACAUCAAACUCACUUUAUUGUUAGCAUUGUUAAGUCUUUGUGUAACAUUACUGAAACUUGGGGACUUGAAACAUGGAGAAAGGGCUAGCCUACAGGCAGAACCAGUAACUUUGUGGGGUGUUGAUGCCAAGAAUCUUGUCUUCACUUGUAGACACACACAGGCACCCUGGUAAGUAGUUAUUUCUAUAAUACUUUUUUUCAAGUCCACCUAAAGAAUGCAUGUGCAGUAGGUGCACUGUAGAGUAGCGUCUGGAUUAGUCUACACAGAAAAUUGGCAGGUACUUGGUUUUCCUUACAAAACCUAUAGUUUACCUUCUGAUGAUUAAAUUUAGAUCUCUUGGCCCCAAGGAGACAUUUGUAUACACUGGUUGGGUACAGAGUCAUGGCAAAAACAAACUAAAUGUCUUUCAGUUCUGAGGUUUUAUUUAUCAGGACAUAAUAAAAAAGUUAUGUCUUUACAAGGUAACAAAAUUGGAUAAAUACAACCUAGGAUGAACAACACAAGACAUAUUACAACAAGUCAUUAUUUAUUUAACAAAAUCUAAGCCAAAAUGCAGAAGCAGUCCUCUGGAAAACUAAAUCCAUGUCAUGAAACUAAGGUAAGCACAUUUAGCAGCAAUAUCUUGAAGUCAUCCUUUUCCAUGCGAUGGCAUCAGUCUCUCAUAUUAUUCUGGAGAAAUAAUAGCUCACUCUUCUUUACAGAGUUGUUUCAGUUUAUUGAGGUAUUAAUUUAUGCACAGCAUUUCAUUCAGGUUGAGGUCUGGUCUUUGACUGGGCCAACACUGAUUCCUUUCUUUUUCAGCCAUUCUGUUGUAGAUUUGUUGCUUUGUAUUGGAUCAUUGGCCUAUUGCGCAAACCAUUUUUGGUUGCGCUUUAGCUGUCGACCAGAUGGCCUCAUAUGUGACUCUAACAUACCCAGAUCCCUUUAGCUGCAAAGCAAACCCUAAUCCUCAUCCCUCCAUUACGAUUAGUUGAGGUGGUUGGUUUUCACUGUGGAUUGAGGCCAGACAUCUCCACUUUAGUCUCAUCUGUUCAAAGGACAUCGUUCCAGGGGUCUCGCAGUUUGUUCAGAAGCAAUGUGGCAAAUCUAAGCUGUGCUGCCAUGUUCUUGUUAGAAACAAGAGACUUUCUCCUGGCAACACUUCCAAAGAAGCUCUACUUGGUCACUCUGAGAUGUAGCUCUUGCGUUUUUUACAGUGUCUCUGAUUGACCUUGGGUUGAAUUUGCUGUGAUGUCCAUUUCUGGGAAGAUUGGCAACUGUCUUAAAUGUUUUCCACUUCUCACUGUAGAAUAAUGGACUUUAAAUUGCUUGGAAAUGAACUUCUAACGUUUCCAAGAUUGACAGGCAGCAAUAGUUCUUUCUCUAAAGUCAUUGCUAAUGUCUUUCCUCCUUGGCAUUGCAUUAGCACACAUCUGAAUGCUCCAGACCAGCAAACUGUCAAAAUUUCUGCUUUUACCGAGUUGGUCAGACUUACUGACAAUCAGUCAAUCAAGUGCAUUUGAUUAGCAAGACCUGGCUGCUACUUUCUCUUUUAAUUCCUAAGGAAACAGUAAGUGUGUACUUUCUUACACUGCUUCUGCAUUUUGGCUUUGCUGUUGUUAAUCAGUAACGAUUGAGUGUAAUAUGACAUGUGUUGUAGAUCAUCUAAGGUUGUAUUUACCUCAUUUUUACCAUGACCGUAUAACAUUGUGCAUAGCUAGCAGUCUGUUAGUUUAGCCCAUAACAAAAUUGGUUUUAAACCAGAGACUUUGCUUUGUGGUGUGUUGCUGCUAAGUUAAGCUAACUUGCUAUGGUACUAAUAUAUACAUCAAAGUGCAGGCAAGAAAGUGUUUUGUAAAAUGUGAAGCUGUUCCUUUAAGUUGUGAAGACAUGGAGUAUAAUAGAAGCACAUCCUAAAAUUACAUCAUUUUCCAAAUAUGCCAUGGAGUCUAUUUUCUGUCACUGCAGGAGAGCAACAUGGAAAUCUCCAGAAGAAGUUAUUCGGUUUUGCUAAUUGUUUGAGAUAUAACUACACUCUGUGUUACAACUAAAGCCAUUAUAUUUGCAUUUAUUUAGUUGUGAAAAUUAAAAACAAAAUGAGCAGAAAAAAAGUAUUGUUACCAAAAAAAAUCAAAAGCUUUUAUAAAAUUUUCCAGUUUUUUUGGGGGGGGUGUUGGUCAAAUAGUUCAUUGCUAAAAUUAGGUUUUGUUAUGUUGCAAAGACAAACAGUAAAAUAAAGCACUAUCAUGCUGUUUUCAGUUGACAUAUGCUAUGUAACACGUCACUGCAUGUUAAUUAUAUAUCGUCUAAAUGAGGUAUGCAUUUCAUAUGUGCUAAACUUCAUGUUUUUGUGUCAAUCUGUUGGUUUUUUUAUUUUUGUUUUUCUUUUAAAUCCUCUUUACAGCAGGUAAAAGAUUUUCUCAUGUGACUGAAUGUUAAUUUCUUACUCAUGUCUUUUGCUGUGCCUUGGGGGAAAAAAAAAAAAAACGCCCUUAUUGUGUGACAAUCCAGCAUGGCCUGAAAUAUGCUGCAUGGACUAAACAACCAAGAGAUAAAAAUCGUAACAAACCCAAAACUCAAUUUUUUUAACAGCCAAUGCGUCCUUCAUUCAGAAUAAAACAAACAUACAAUGUGAGCUUAUUAUACUAAGAUAUUAACAGUCAAUCUGCACACGAGGUCCUCUACCUUUAUCUUUAUCUAGAGCUUUUGAAUAUAUCACAUAUUAACUGGCUCAGCUGUCAUCCAUUCAUUCAAAGCUUACAUCAUCCUGCGUACUCGUAGGACAGGAAGUCCUAAAGACGAACAGAUCACUGACCACUGCACAAACCUCAUCUGUUCUUGAAGACCAAGUGAUGGGAUCAAAAGCUGUAGAAUAAGAAAGCAAGUGAAUGUCAUAAAAAUGGUUGAUUGCGAGGUUAAGAAUGAGCGUGUGGCUUGUAGUUGUAUCAAUAUUUUGUAUUGUGUACUUGUUUGUGCCUUGUCACUGAUUUCAAUCAAGACCUUUUUAUUCCUCGGUUACUUUAUUUUUGGAUCAUACAGUAUGUAUGACGGGGUUCUCUAAAUGUUUAUUUGUCUUUGAUUAACAGUGACUGCUAUGGGUUAGGUAGCUCCUUGUUGUUAAGUAGAGUAAGUUAUAAUCGGUUUUCUGUUCUGUCUGAGAGAAUGUAUCAUGAUAUACUUAUAGUCAUGCUUUAUAUAACAUUAAUGGCACGUUUUUUCAUAAAAUGAAAUGUAUUUUGCUCAUUUUACAGGGAAUCUAAUUGUAGUAGCUUAUGCUGUAUAAAGUAGAUGAAAGCUAGCAGCAGAGCGCAGAUGAAGUGGCCACUGCAGAGGAUCAUGAAGUUUAAAAAAACACAACAUCAAAGAGCAUCUCAAAAUUUCUGUCUCCAAACUGCAAACAUGUCCCAUGGCUUUCUCUUCCAGAAGCUUGUUUCACAGAUCAUUAAAUGCGCUUUCCUUUGAAAAAUACAAAGUAAAAACUAAUAGGGUAUUCUUAGCUCUAAUGGCCAUGCAAGGAGGGAUUGUCCGUUCCCAUGCUUUACUAGUUUUAUUGCAUCCGGACAUGUCUGUUCAUAUGCAGUCAGCUUGGCCAACCGAGGUCUAUUGGGUUUCCAGACGUGCCCGAUGCUUUUUGCUCUUCGUUUAUAAAAUAUGUGUAUCAUAAGUACAUUAUUUCAGAUUUUAUUCUGCUGUAAAAGUGGGCUGUUAUUAUCUCCAAGAAGUCUGAGGUUUAGGGGCAGACUGUGUUUAAGAUUGAUCUCUGUCAGGCUAAUGAGUUUUCAUCUGUUAUAAGUGAAGUGCUGUGAUCUGAGAUUAAAAUUAAUUCAGCUCAA